UGGGUGGUUGCUUGUGGCGCGCGGAGGAGCUGUUCGAGGCAGGAGCCGAGCGUGUCCUGGGCUGAGUGUGUGGCGGGGUGUCCGCAGCACCCAUGAUGUGGAGCAGUCACGGUGGCUUUGAGAGUGGCUAUGGAGGGUCUGCAAUUAGUGGAGGAUACACACAGUCCCCAGGGGGGUUUGGAUCUCCUGCAGCCACCCAGGGAGAAAAGAAACAGAGAUCCCGCUCCCAGAGUAUUGUGCCAUGUACAGUGUCUCAGUUACUUGCUGCUGAGCAGAUUGAUGAGACGUUCAAGAUCCGAGAAGUAGAGAUCUCGCAGGUUGUUAUCAUGGGAAUAAUCAGACAGGCAGAGAAAGCACCAACCAACAUCCUCUACAAAAUAGAUGAUAUGACUGCAGCCCCGAUGGAUGUCAGACAGUGGGUUGAUACUGAUGAGGCAGGGAGUGAGAAUGUUGUGGUGCCCCCAGGAACUUACGUGAAAGUGGCUGGUCAUCUUCGAUCAUUCCAGAAUAAGAAGAGCCUGGUAGCAUUUAAGAUCAUGCCUCUGGAAGAUAUGAAUGAGUUCACCACACACUUAUUGGAAAUUGUCAACGCACAUAUGGUCCUCAGAAAAAGCAUCAUGACAACAUCAAAAAUGCCUCAGUCUCUGGGCUCCUUUGGGAUGGGUGAUAUGGCAAGCUAUGGAUGUGGCAGUAGUGUGCCAGUGAAUGGACUUACAGCACAUCAGAGUCAGGUGUUAAAUUUGAUUAAAAGCUGCUCUGAUCCAGAAGGCUUGAGCCUGACGGAGCUGAAAUCCCAACUACAUAACAUCAAUAUGAUAACAAUCAAGCAAGCGGUUGAAUUUCUUAGCAGUGAGGGACACAUCUAUUCCACUGUGGAUGACGAUCACUAUAAAUCUACAGAUGCUGAAUAAAGGUGCUUCUGAGAGUUGCCCUAUCUUGCUGGGUUUGGUUCCAUGCAAGCACCAAUUUAUGCUGUACUUACAGUACUAUGUGUACAUAUCUUAAAGUAGCUCUGCCAAGCUUUUCUCUGCAGAAGGUGAUCUCUGCUACUUACAUCCCUUGAAAGCAGCAGCUACUCUAUGAGCAUUCAGAAUUCUCAAACCAAGAGCAGCAAAGUAAAUGUACAGUAUUCCCCUAACCAGACUCAAAUAAUAUGAGACCGAGUGACUAAAGCUUAACCAGGUGUUCAGGGGAGAAAUGACCUCCAUGUGAAGAACUGGAAGCUUCAGAGCCUUUGUUCAUCUAGUAUCCAUCUCAUAUAGCACCACUGGUAAGGGGGGGGGAGAGAGUGGGUCUGCCCAGCCUCGUCACUGGCCGAUUGUUCUGAAAUGGCUUCUCAGCUUGGCCAGCCUUCAGCCUGUUUAAUUCAUAAAGGUGGGUUAUUCUUAGAGAGCCUGGCAAGGUACAGUGCUUAAGAAUAGUUGUCUACUUUCUGCACUUCUUACAUCUGUAUUUGUAUUACAGGAUGAUCCUGUUAAUGAAACUUUUGAUAUUCCAAUAAAGCUUUUUAGUUUGG